CUUUAUAAAUGAAGCCCUAGGCUGUUCCUUAAUCAGUAGCAUAAAGCGAUCAUGAAUUGGAUAAGCAUCAUCAUGAAAGUUAAGCAGAUGAACAUGGAGACGAGCAUCACUUUAAGGAGUAUUCACCAAAGGAGCUUCAAAGUAUCAAAAUCCAAGGUGUUGUUUGUUUACUUGGUGGAAUUGCACUUCACUUUGUGCUUGGUACAUUUUAUCUCUGGGGUGGAAUAAGUAAUAUUAAUCUCCUAAUUUCAAGGUCCUUAUGUUGGUGCCUACAUGAAGGAUAAAGAUCCAAGCGUCACAUAAUCAACACUCUAGAUUGUGUUUCCAAUAUUGGGAAUUGCCACAAAUUCUGUUCUUUCUUUUGGAGUUAAGUUAGCAUAAAGAAUAGGAUUUAAAACUAUGAUAGCUGGAGCAGGAUUCUUAAUUUCCUUAGCAUUUUUAAUACUGUCCUUCAUUAAUAAUAUUUAUGGAUUUAUCUUGAUAUAUUGUUUUAUGAUAGGUAUUCCCUCUGGACUAGUGUACAUGUUGCCAAUCAGUAAUAAUUUUAUAUAAUUUUAGUAUGUGGAUGGAAAUUUUUCCCAUUUAAUAGAGGAAUGGUUUCAGGAUUGAUUAUUGCCGGUUAUGGAUUCGGAGCAUUUACUUUUAACUUUAUAUGCAAGGCUAUUUGCAAUCCGAACAAUGAAGAACCAGACAUUCCUUUUGAUGAAGAUGGGAAAGUAAAAAAAUAUUUUUCAAGGGAUGUUUUCGAAAAUGUUCCUUUUAUGUUCUAGAUGUUAGCUUUGUAAAUAUAUUAUUCAUACUAUAUUAGAUCAUAUUUCCUUCUAACCAUAAUUGCAACUCUAUUAGUAAAAUAUCCUAGAGAUUUGAAUUUGGAAUAUUAAUAGGUUUUAGGAGAAGGAAAUAAAAAGCCAAGUGGAAUCAAUCAUGAAAAAUCAGUUGACUAUCAUCCAACAGUUAUGCAUGCUGAAUGUGAAACCUUAGGAUAAGGCAUGAAAUCAAGACCAUUUUGGUUUUUGAUUGUGAUGGUUUUGUGUUCUAUCAUUUUUGGAAUGUUAAUGGCUAAUUGUUAUAAAGUAUUUGGAUAAACAGUAUUAAUGAAUUAUAGUUAUUUAGCUUGGAAUUGAUGAUGCAUCAUUAACAGUACUUGGUUCAGUCUAAUCAGUGUGCAAUGGAGGUUCAAGAUUUGGAUGGGCAGUAUUGUUUGAUAAAAUUGGUUUCAAAAAGGUCUAUCUGAUAAUAGCGGUUAUCAACUUAAUUUGUACUGCCGCUAUUGGAUAUAUCGAUAAGAGUUAUGCUGGCUAUUUCAUUAUUUUAUGUAUCACAAUGUGCUGUGAAGGAGGAUUAUUCUCUUGUUAUCCUGCUGUAAGUGCUAAGAUAUUUGGUCAUAAGGUAUAAUAUUAAAUUAUUUUAAAGGUGGGACCUAUUAUCUAUGGUGGUUUAUUCUUUGUUAUUGGUCUAUCUAAUAUGUUGGGAUAUCUAUUGUACAAAUUUGGAGAACCAAAGAUAGGUUAUGGAGGAGUCUUUUGGAUUGUCUUUGGAUUUUGUUGCGUUGCCUUUAUAUUAGGAAUAUUCUUUAAAGAAGAUCAUGAUUGGAAAAAAAAAUGAACAUAUUA